AUUUGUCGAAUUAUCGAUCGAAUGCGUGGAGCCGGCGAUGUGGGUGAUGAGGAUUAUGCCCUUCGUAAUCUGAUGGUGAAAGAGUCCCAAGCAGGGAUUCAAUCUCGCGAGGCGUUUUUCUGCUGAGGCCCGCUGUGCAUGGGGCCUAUAAGAGUGUGCGUCCUUCGAAGCUAAUUGUGCAACGCAAUUCAGGUGAGGACUGUACCUGAGGCACGGUGACUACGCUUCUGUUCUGGGUCUGGAGAAUCGACUCCGUUUUCGAGGUACUCCCCAUUUUGCCGCGCAGCUGAUCGAUCAGUGCACAUUCUUGUACGAGGAGAGCAGCUUUCGCAUGCAUGGUCGUCUUUCCGUUUCGUGACGUCUGAUCCUCGAUGACACUGCGUUGAGCUCGCGCCGUGAUUCGGUCGUUUGGGGGAGAACCUCCUGUCUCAAGAAGUUUCAUGAGACAAACAAUAUAUAUAUAUAUAUAUAUAUACAUACACAUAUCUGUGUAUUUUCGAAUUUUGGUUUCGUUAGCUGUCUCGUUGGAACCAGUUUCUUCCUUACUGGAAAUCGAAGUUGCUGCAAUGCGUAUAUGAUACUUCGGCGAAGCUUUGAAUCUGUAACAGAAGGUCGUGAUCCUCUGUGUGGCUUGUAAGAGCAUGUUGACUGUAUUUCCGUAGCUUCAUAAGAUACGUAGAUGAUUUGUAACUUUCAAGAGAUCUCUGCAAAGAUUCAACUGGUUUUGGUCUUACGGCGAAAGAGAUGACGAUCUCUGCAGCUACCGACUCGACACAAGGAUCCGCAUCAUUGUAUGCAGUAGAACCUAAGGUGCAUCCCGAUGUUGAAUCUGGAUCAGAAGGCUGCGACACGCAAACAUCCACCACUGAAGAGACGUCUAAGGCAGUAUGCGGACACAAGCACUACUCCCACAGAGCGCCGUGGUUGCGAGCGCUGGUGCUCGGGGCAAACGACGGAAUGGUGUCGACUGCGUCGCUCAUGCUGGGCGUGGGGGCCGUGGAGCACAGCGUCAAGACCAUGGUCGUAGGCGGGCUUGCGGGCCUUGUGGCAGGCGCUUGCAGCAUGGCCAUUGGAGAGUUUGUUUCAGUCUUCUCGCAGCGAGAUGCCGAGAAAGCCGACGUCGAGAAGGAGCGCCAGGAGCAUGCUCAAGGACCCGAGGCGCAAGCUCGAGAACUGGAGGAAUUAACCUGGAUCUACGUGGGACGAGGGCUCAGCUACUCCUUGGCGAAGCAGGUAGCGGAAGCGCUAUCAAAAGACGACCCAAUCAGAGCGCACGCUCGGGACGAGCUCGGGAUCGACAUGGACGAUUACUCUAACCCCAUGCAAGCAGCCAUCGCCUCGUCUAUUGCAUUCGCUUCGGGGGGCGCGGUCCCUCUCCUAGCUGGAGGCUUCAUCCAGGACAUCAGGUAUAGGGUCACGUCGGUGGGUAUUUGUACUGCUCUCGCUCUUGCUCUGUUUGGCGCCGUCGGCGCUAAGCUUGGCGGAGCCCCCAUGACAAGAGCAGCAUUCAGGGUCUUAGCUGGGGGUGUGAUCGCCAUGUUGCUCACGUUUGGAAUUCUCAAGCUUUUCGGUGUCGCCGGAGUGUCGGUGUAGAGAGAGCACGAGGAGAUAAUAGUAGUCGAAAAAAACGGAUCUUUUUCAUUCUGUUGUGAACACGAUAUUGUAUAUUACACACCCAUAAAGAGAAACAUGCAAAUAUUAGCCGGUCAUUAGAGAAUGACAGUAUGCCUCCUGUAGUGCCUCCCUAUAAAAUGAAGAAGUGCAGAAUGCUGGUGAAAAUACCCACCUUUUCUAUUGAAAUGGUCAUUUGUUUUAUUCCA